GGGAGGGCGGGCCCGGGGAAAAGAGUACUAGAAGCGGCCGAGCCACCGCCCAGCUCUGACAGCUAGCGGAGCGGCGGGUGGAGCACUAAUCAGGUGAGCGGCACAGAGAGCACUACCCAGGAAAAUGGCAGACAGCUUUUCGCUUAACGAUGCCUUAGCUGGCUCUGGAAACCCAAACCCUCAAGGAUAUCCGGGUGCAUGGGGGAACCAGCCUGGGGCAGGGGGCUACCCAGGGGCUGCUUAUCCUGGGGCCUACCCAGGACAAGCUCCUCCAGGGGCCUACCCAGGACAGGCUCCUCCAGGGGCCUACCCAGGACAGGCUCCUCCUAGUGCCUACCCCGGCCCAACUGCCCCUGGAGCUUAUCCUGGCCCAACUGCCCCUGGAGCUUAUCCUGGCUCAACUGCCCCUGGAGCCUUCCCAGGGCAACCUGGGGCACCUGGGGCCUACCCCAGUGCUCCUGGAGGCUAUCCUGCUGCUGGCCCUUAUGGUGUCCCCGCUGGACCACUGACGGUGCCCUAUGACCUGCCCUUGCCUGGAGGAGUCAUGCCCCGCAUGCUGAUCACAAUCAUGGGCACAGUGAAACCCAACGCAAACAGGAUUGUUCUAGAUUUCAGGAGAGGGAAUGAUGUUGCCUUCCACUUUAACCCCCGCUUCAAUGAGAACAACAGGAGAGUCAUUGUGUGUAACACGAAGCAGGACAAUAACUGGGGAAAGGAAGAAAGACAGUCAGCCUUCCCCUUUGAGAGUGGCAAACCAUUCAAAAUACAAGUCCUGGUUGAAGCUGACCACUUCAAGGUUGCGGUCAACGAUGCUCACCUACUGCAGUACAACCAUCGGAUGAAGAACCUCCGGGAAAUCAGCCAACUGGGGAUCAGUGGUGACAUAACCCUCACCAGCGCUAACCACGCCAUGAUCUAAGCCAGAAGGGGCGGCACCGAAACCGGCCCUGUGUGCCUUAGGAGUGGGAAACUUUGCAUUUCUCUCUCCUUAUCCUUCUUGUAAGACAUCCAUUUAAUAAAGUCUCAUGCUGAGAGAUACCCAUCGCUUUGGGGGUUUUUAUGAUACUGGAUGUCAAAUCUUAGGACUGCUCGUGACUGCUAGGCAAGUGUUCUCUCACUGAGCUACACAUCCCUAGCCUUUUAAACUUUGUGUGUUGUGUGUCUGUGCACAUGGGUACAGGUGCCUGCUCACUUGAGAGGCACCAGGCCUCCUGGAGCUGGAGUUACAGGUGGUUGUAAGUAAGCUGUGUGACCAGGUUGCUGGGAACCAGUCUCAGAUCCUCCUGAGACAGGUCAGGUCCACUGAUGCCUCCAGCUGCCUGUCUUUAUAUGCCCUUUGAUUUGGUGCAGUUUUAUAUAAAGGGAACUAUGUAAUUAUCAAUAAACCAUCCUGAUUUUUACAAAGG